CCGAGCUGACAGCUCAUGCAAUGCUGGCAGCGUUUUCAUUCCAUCAUCGUGGCAGUACUGAAUACGACUCUUUAUUUUUCUUUGAAACCAAACAAGAGCAGGGCCAGACAGCGAACGUAACACACUGUUGCUCAGAAUGGAACGCAGAACAAACAGAAGGGAGAAGGAGUGCGAAGACAAAUGCCACAAUUUAGAAGACGGAACCCAAAGCACAAACUGCAAGACGGCUCUAGUCACCCUUAAUGUUGGUGGAUAUCUAUAUAUCACACAAAAGCAGACCUUGUCCAAAUACCCGGACUCUUAUCUUGAAGGUGUGGUGAACAGGAGGAUUUUCUGCCCCAUUGAUGCAGAUGGACACUACUUCAUAGACAGAGAUGGGCUAUUGUUUAGGCAUGUUCUAAACUUUCUCCGAAAUGGAGAACUCUUACUACCUGAGGGCUUCCAAGAAAACAACCUUUUGGCACAGGAAGCAGAUUUCUUCAAGCUUAAGGCACUGAAUGAAGCAGUCAAAGCAAGGUGGGAGAAAGAGCAGCAGGCAGCCAGAGAAACCACUUUUCUAGAAAUCACAGAUAAUCAUGACCGGUCUCAGGGACUGAGGAUCUUCUGCAACGCCUCUGACUUUAUAGCCAAAAUAAAGGCUCGCAUCGUCCUGGUUUCUAAAAGCCGACUGGAUGGUUUCCCCGAGGAGUUCUGCAUUUCCUCCUCUGUUAUCCAGUUUAAAUAUUUCAUCAAGUCAGAAAAUGGGACCCGGCUGGUUCUGAAGGAAGACAAUACCUUUGUUUGUACCCUAGAAACUCUCAAGUUUGAAGCCAUCAUGAUGGCACUCAAGUGUGGCUUCAGGCUCCUGACAAGCUUAGAUUGCUCGAAAGGGUCAAUUGUGCAGAGCGAUGCACUUCAUUUUAUCAAGUAAUUACUCUAUCACUAAACAAAGGGAGACAAGCAUGCAGCUAAGCCUCACUACACAGCAGCAGCCUGGAACGACAAGACAAACCCUGCAAGCUAAAGAGACCGCUGCUAACCGAAGCACAGGAGAUAUGGUAUGAUCAUUUUACUUAAAGCCCUGUUCCUCCCUAUUUACACAGGCUGGAGUAAAUACUUUGCUUCAUCUAUAAGGAACAGACUAGUGCUUACCAGAACAUACUACUGUCAAUGAAAGAGUUAAGUCGCCGUUCUUCACCCAGACAAUCUUGCCGAAAUGUUGUGUGUACUUAUAUAAGUACAUAUUACCGGAUUGUAUUUAUAUUUAUUUGCCAAGGUAAAGAGAGCAGCUCUUCAUUAAGCCUGUCUAUAAAGCACAAUGCCUUCAUUGCAACAGGA